AUGUCGCUGUUCACGGCGCAGCUGCAUCCUGGCAGGGUCCUCGGCGCGUCGCUCCACGAUGUCCUCACGCGCCUCAAGGCCGAGCCCCAGCGCUUCCCCAAGCUCGAGGUGCUCUACUCGCCCGACCGCCCCGUCACCGAGCCCGUCUGCAUCAACCUGCCGCAAAACGGCAUCCGCCUGCGCUUCGACGGCCCCGAGCAGCGUCUGCGCCUCGUCGAGGUGCUCGACUUCACCAAGAACCACGUCACCUUCAAGGACCGCGACCUGCUCAAGCCCGCCAACGGCACGUCGGCCCCCGGGUCGCCCGUGCCCGGCGAGGCGUCCUCGGCGGGGCCCACGUUUCGACACAUAUACCACCGCCUGCUAGGGCCGACGUACGCAGGCGAGUUUAUCCCUCCCGCCGGCGGCCAGGAGGAUGGCAUCUACGUGCUGUCAUAUCCCGGCGUGGCCUUUAACUUUCCCAUGCCCAAGGCGGCCUACUCGCCCAACAAGGACGUCGUGUCGCUCUUGUCUGCGUCGUCGAGCCAAGUCGCCACGUCCAUGGCCGUGUUUAGCGGGGACUCGUGGGCCGAGGCGCGUCCGACGCUCUUCACCGAGGUCCUGCCCAGCAUCAAAUCGACAUCGGCCCUGCCGCGCGGCAAGGACGUCUACCCCGACGAAGUCUCCCUGGUGCGGCUGUAUGGAGGCGGUCGCAUCGAUCUCUUCCGCAAGUGGACGAGCAGCGCGUUUCGGAUCCAGCUCGGCGAGACGACGCCGCAGGAGCUCGUCAUGGAGCUGGGCCCGCCCAACGCCAUCUACCGAAAGAACGACCAGAACAUGGUCAUCCACAAGAUGCGUACAGCUAGCAACACGCGCAGUAGGCCGAGCGCAACGGACAUCGGGCGGCCGGACGACCUCACCGACACGGACCAGUCAUCUAUGAAUACGGGCUCCGACGACUCGGACGAGGAGGCCAUCGACGAACACACCGCCAACAACCCGUCUGGAACAUGCUUUUACAACUACUUUUAUCUAGGGUUCGACGUGCUGCUAUCGACGCCCACAGCGCCGUCAGGCCUGCCGCCCGGCACGGAACCGGCUGGCCCGGAGAACCCGAUCAAGUCGCACCACCCGGACCGCCUCGUGGUUACCAAGCUCGUCCUCCACGGAAACAUACCUGGCUCCUACGAGUUCAAUCGCCACCGGCGCUGCCGCUGGGAAAUUGCCUACCUGAACGACGGCGAGGACGACGGCUCCAUCAACUCGGAAACGGAAUUUCGACACGUCGAGGAGCGCAUGAGCGACAAGUGGCAGGAAGCGCUUCCCGCCGGCAAGGGCUCCUCCGGGCGGCAGAGGGGCAUGGUGCUGAACCGCGGAUGGGGCGACAGCCCGGGGAGCAGCUGCGAGUUCCUGGGUGGCUGGGAGGAGAGCGGCGCGCGGCGGGCCGACGCCGGUGGGGAGUCUACGACGACGCUGUAUGGCUUCCCGGGGUUGGUGUUUGAGGUGCUGAAGAAUGAUUACGUGAAUACGGUGACGGUGUUUUAG